AUGAAGCCGUUUGCACCAGAGAGUGAAAGACUUUGGUUCAAUAACCUAUCUAUUAAUUCUGGAUUUCAUUGUCGUUUCUUUCUUUUCUUUUCUUUUUUUUUUCUUUUCACGAACCUACUAAAUGUCUUCUGUCUAUUCAAGAACCCACACAUCGUUUUCCUUUUCUUUCAUUUUUUCUUUCAUUAUUUUCUCCUUCUUUUUCUUUCUUUCCUUCUUUCUUUCUUUCUUUUUACUUUAUUUUCUUUCUCUUUCAUUCUUUCUUUUUCUUUCUUUUCUUCUUUCUUUCUUUCUUUCUUUCUUUCUUUCUUUCUUUCUUUCUUUCGUUCUUUCCUGCCUUCUUUCUUUAAUUCUGUCUUCCAACCCACACAUCGUUUUUCUUUCUGUCUUUCGUUCUUUCUAAUUCCGUGCUUUCUUUCCGUCUUUUUCUUUCUUUUCUAUCUUUUUUUCUUUCGUUCGUUCUUACUUUCUAUCUGUUUUUGUUCUUUCUUUCUAUCUUUCGUUUUUCUCUCUUACUUUCUUUAUUUCUCUCUUUCGUUCUUUCUUUUUUUUCCCUGUACUCCCAAUUUCCUGCCUUCUUUCCUUCUUUCUUUCCUGCUUUCUUUCUUUCUUUCUUUCUUUCUUUCUUUCUUUCUUUCUUUCUGCCUUUCCAUGUCCGCUGAAUUUUCUUUCUUUUGUUAUCUUUUUUCUAUUCAUGAACUCAACGGACGCCUAUUUCUUUCUUUCUUUCUUUCUUUCUUUCUUUCUUUCUACAAAUUAAUUCUCUUUUCUAUCACAUUUAAUGCUUUUCUUCUAAUUGUAUGA